AUGAAAGACGAAGGUCGAAGGACAAAGGAGAAAGGAAAAAGAACAAAACACGAAGGACGAAAGACGAAGGAUCAAGGACGAAGGACGGAGGACGAUGGACGAAAGGCGAAGGACGAAGUACGAAGGACGAAGUACGAAGGACGAAGGAUCAAGGGCGAAGGGAGGAAGCACGAAGGAUUGAGGAUAAAGGACGAAGGUCGAAGAUUCAAGGACGAAGCACGAAGGACGAAGGAACAAGGACGAAGCACGAAGAACGAACGAUCAAGGACGACGGUUGAAGGACGAAGAACGAAGGAUCAAGGACGAAGGCUGAAGGUCGAAAGACGAAGUAACAAGGACGAGAGACGGAGGACGACGGACGAAGAAUGGAAGACGAAGGACGAAGAUCAAGAACGAAGGACGAAGGAUCAAGGACGAAGUACGAAGGACGAUGGACAAAGGACGAAGGAUGAAGAACGAUGGAUGGUGGACGUAGGACCAAGGGUGAACGACGAAGGACGAAGAAUCAAGGACGAACGACGAAGGACGAAGGAUCAAGGACGAAGAAAGAAGAGUAAGGGAGGAAGGACGAAGGAUGAAUGA